AUGCCAUUUGACCCUCGUAUAUUCACCCGAUCCACCCAAUCUAAUGGAUCGGAAGUUUCACCAGGGGACGGUGAAAACUCCAGUUUGGAAGAUCGUGUGCGGGAAUUCUUGUUGUUGCCAUUGUAUCCUCACGGCUUCCCUUCCAACAAUGACCAAUUGGAGGAGCUUGAACCUGUCCCACUGACUGACGAAUAUGAGACUGCUGUCAAGCAAGUGUUGUACCGAUGCUUCGUAGUGAGAUCGUACAUCACGCAACAUGCCCCUCGGCUCAAUGACACCCAGGAAUCUCAAACUUCCAAUCAAGGUAUGAGUCUAAAUUUGACUGAAGGGGAAUUCCGGGAACCAAUUGAGGAGGUGACCAUAACGGGGGGGAGUGAGGGCGAGUGGGUUCACCCUGACCAGUGA